AUGACGGAGGAGGAGAAGAAGUCAUCGGCCUGCGGCCUGACGAUCCUCUGCAACAGCGUCUUCCGCCGGCAAUCCCACUCCGAUGCAGAUUGCUCCAAUUCGAAGCGCCGCCAUCAGAAGGACCACCGGAAGCCGCCGGAGUUGCAGGCGCCGCCCCCGCGGGACGCUGCCGGCAUCACCGGCAAGCUAGACGUCGUCCUCUAUGACCACCAGCGAGCUCAAGGGAGCGGAACCCCCCUCAGGGCCUCCCCCAGCAACGUGAUUCUCGUCGGAAACCUAGGGAAUCUCCGGAGAGGCAACACGCCGCCGCCGUCUCCCCCCGCCGGAAAGAUGCUCCGCCAUCUCCCCAAGCCGGUGAAAACCCCCGACGAGCUCAAGGACAUGGGCAACGAGGAGUACAGGAAGGGGAAGUUUGUGGAGGCGCUGGCUCUGUACGACCGGGCGAUUCUGAUCUCCCCGGAGACGGCGGCGUACUGGAGUAACAAGGCGGCGGCGCUGACGGAGCUCGGCCGGUUCCUGGAGGCGGCGAACGUCUGCAGGGAGGCGGUGAGGAUCGAGCCUGGGUUUUGUAGAGCUCAUCAUCGGCUUGCCAAGCUCUACAUCCGGUGAGCACCACAAAGGGAAGAGAGAAUUAGACUGGGAUCUUCCCUUCUGUUCAUCCCUGGUUCCUGUUCUUCUUCUGAACUUAAACAGAGUUCUCCCUCGAUCUUCACCAAAUCAUGGAGAUAAACCGAGAAGCCCAGAUGGAUCACUGAGCAUAUUUCUUGGCUUUCUUCUUCCCCCUCCCUCUCGAGUUGAAGAAAUUAUGGAUAUUUACAGGUUGGGGGAAGCUGGGAAGGCGCUGCACCAUUACGGGGCAGCAGGAAGUGAAGCCAGCUUUGGUGAGGUCUCACAGGCGAAGAACCUCCAAAGCCACAUCGACAGAAGCAGCGAGGCACGAAAGCGACGAGACUGGCGGACUGUAUUAAAGGAAGUUCAAUACGCCAUAUCAGCCGGAGCCGACUCAGCUCCUCAGGUCUUCUUCCCCUGUAAAUCUUCCUCCUCAUCGUCUUCUUCUUCUUCUUUGGAUGAAGCGAUUGUGAUGUAUCUGGAAGGUGUUUGCUUCACAAGCGGAGGCGCUGCUGAAGCUCCAGAGGCACCAAGAGGCCAACGCCGCCUUCAUCAAUGUGCCCGCCUUUGACGUCGAUGCUUCCACAAUGUUCUUCGGGCCCCCCGCUACCGCUUACUUCCUUUCAGUGCGAGCACAGGUUCACAUGGCUAUCGGGAGGUCAGCUGCUAACCCCCAUAUUAGCACAAGAUUUCUGCUUUGUAAUCCGAGAGCCUUGGUCACCGAAUUUCCCACAAUGAGCAAGCGGAGGCUCUGAAUUUUUCCUCAUAUCCUACUUAUCUCGGCAGAAUUUCUUGACCCAUUGCUGUUCUAGCGCGCCUCUGACCUCUGAUGCAAUUCAUAUCCUAUUUUCUGAGAACGCGUGGUCUUGGAGGGUAGAAGACUCGGCCAAGUCCAAUGGGAGUUUGGGUCUUCUCAUUCAAUUACUGUUCCACGACAUAUCUCUUCAAACCCACCUGCUUUUUCCAAUCUUUCAUGCAUAACAGCUUGUCGAUUCUAUUGAAUCAUGGAACGCAUGUUGCUUUGGGAAGCCGAACGUCCUACCCACUGAAAUUUCUUCCAUCGGCUCCGCAGAAAGUUGUGAUUCUCUUCCAGGUUCCGCUUAUUCAGACAGAAAAUCUUGAUCCAUCCAUUCUUGGCCUUUUUCUCCUCUCUAUCGUUGAACUCUCUCCACACAAAUUUUCCCGAUAUUGAGUCUUGAUUCGAUCAAAUAUGGGUUUCUUCAAGGUUCGACGAGGCGCUCUCGACAGCUCAGAGGGCCGUUCGGGUAGACUCGGGCAGCGAGGAGGCGGCGGCGGUGGCCCGGAGGACCCGAGCGGCGGCGUUGUCAAGGUCCAGAGGCAACGAGCUCUUCAAGGUCCUGCGGUUCGCAGACGCCUGCGCCGCCUACGGCGAGGGCCUCCAGCAGGAGCCCCUCAAUUCUGUCCUCCUCUGCAACCGCGCCGCCGCCCUGUGCAAGCUCAAGAGGUGGGAGGAAGCCGUCGAGGACUGCACCAUGGCCCUCUUGGUGCGGCCGCCGUACCACAAGGCCCGCCUGAGGAGGGCCCAGUGCUAUGCCAAGGUGGAGACUUUGCCUUUUAUCAGCAAUGGGUUCCAAUUUGGGAAAUCAAAUUUGGAGACUUCUGGCAGAUGGAGCGGUGGCGAGCUGCCGUGGAGGACUACGAGAUCUUGGCCCGGGAGAUGGCGGGGGACGAGGCGAUGGAGAGCGCCCUCUUGGAGGCCCGGCGCCGCCUCGAGCAGGGAAGAGACGGGGAGAGUGGCGGCGUUGGGUCUGGAGGCAAUGUGGUUAUCAUCAGGACAAAGGAUCAGUUCGAUCGCCUUGUAGCAUCUUCCGGUAUCUUUCUUCCGCAUUCCCCCAGGCUUGGAUGACUACAUUCCUCACAACUCAUCGAUUCCAUGAUUUUAUGUGACGAUUUAUUGAGCAUAUACACCAAUUCCAUCAUGUUAGAUGAUGAUUAUUUAGCAUGUUAGGAGCCGAAAAAACUAUACUCUGCUCUGCCUCUUCAUGGUAGGAACAUGCGUGGCCUUUUUCUGCAACAAAUCUGAAGGCUCCGACCACAUCUGGUUCUCUGCGGAGGAACUAUGGAGGAAAUAUCCAACAGUUAAUUUCCUCAAGGUCUGGUUCUAGUCAUCUUCUUCAUCUAAUUUCUGAGCCAAAUCGAGAUAAAUCCUCAAGCAACCAUUUUUUCUCCCCUUCCUGAUUCUCGCAGGUGGACAGGGAAGACAACCCAUAUUUAGUAAAGCCCGAAGAACAGAGCUCGGUGCCCUCCUUUAAGAUGUACAAGAACGGGUCAAAAAUAGAGGAGCUCUCUCGGUCCGACUUCCACCUGCUGGAGGGCUCCCUGAGGGUUCACAGCAUCUAG